AUGGCACCAGCACUUCUUACUGCCGUGGACUCAGCGUCACACAUACACCUAAUCAUAGGGUCCAACCCACUCGCAGCUGCACGAUGCACACGCUCUCUCGAAGUUGGCGCCAAACCGCUACUACUCGCACCCGAAGAUGCGACCCUGCACUACGGCCUGGCUAAGCGCAUCGAAGAUGGGCAGGUGCAAUGGUUGAAACGUAACUUUCGGAACGAGGAUCUCACGACACUGGGCCGCGAGGAGGUGGAUAAUGUUGUAGACGCUGUGUUUGUGACUGCGGGCGGGAAAGGAAACCUAAGCACACUCAUCUCGAACUCGUGUCGACGCCUUCGAAUUCCAGUCAACGUUACCGAUGCUCCAAACCUCUCUUCGUUCACGCUUUUGUCUACCCACUCCGACGGUCCCUUACAAAUUGGCGUUACGACAUCCGGCAAAGGAUGCAAACUCUCCGCGCGAAUCCGUAGAGAGAUAGCGUCGUCCCUUCCAGCACAUCUCGGUGAUGCAGUCGAGCGAUUGGGUACAAUGCGGCGGCGCAUCUGGGAAGAAGACCAUGCUGCUGAGCUAUCUCAAGAUCUGGAGGUAGAGGAGGAGGACGCUGGACAAACCGCCACAUUCAACAAGCUUAUAACUUCAGAAAGUGCCGAUAUCGCUCGUGGUCGCCGGAUGCGCUGGCUUUCGCAAAUUUGUGAAUACUGGCCACUUCGUCGUCUUGCGACAAUAUCCGAUGCCGACGUGGAAGCCGUGUUACACGACUAUGCCAGCUCUCGAUUAAAGCAAAAAGCUGACCCUGAACAAUUCAUCGAAGCCGCUGGACGGAUUGCGUUGGUGGGCUCUGGUCCUGGGCACCCAGAUCUACUCACGCAGGCAGCACAUAAGGCAAUACUCUCGGCCGACUUGGUACUGGCUGAUAAGUUAGUUCCAAGUGCUAUCUUGGACUUGGUACCCCGCCGUGCAACCGUUCACAUUGCUAGAAAAUUUCCCGGUAAUGCCGACAAGGCGCAAGAAGAGCUACUGGAAUGGGGGUUGGAAGGGCUGAAAGCCGGCAAAAGAGUGGUACGCAUCAAACAGGGCGACCCAUACAUAUAUGGCCGCGGCGGAGAAGAGUUUCUGUUUUUCAGAUCCCAUGGAUACAUACCGACUGUCUUGCCCGGUAUCACGAGUGCGCUCAGUGCACCACUUUUCGCCGAUAUUCCAUUGACCCAUCGUGGCGUGGCCGAUCAGGUACUGGUGUGCACGGGCACCGGUCGGAAGGGUGCUCCCCUUGUGCCUCCGCCAUAUGUUCAGACACGUACGGUGGUCCUAUUGAUGUCACUGCAUCGACUCUCUGCUUUGAUUGAGUCAUUACAACAACACGAUUACCCAAAGGACACACCCUGUGCUGUGCUGGAACGGGCAAGCUGCCCAGAUCAGAGGGUAAUAAGAACGACACUAGAAAACGUAUGUGCUGCUGUUGAAGAAGAAGGCAGUCGCCCGCCUGGCCUACUAGUUGUUGGACAUGCAUGCAACAUCUUGAAACAGCAUAGCCAGAGGUGGGUGGUAGAGGAAGGCUUCAAACGCUUAGAUAGCAUUGUUGAUAGUGGCAUUCCGCUCGCAGACAAAUCUCCGUCAAGCACAGAAACACUCGCUAUGGCGUCUUCGACUGUUGUGGAAGUGGACAUCGGCGGCAAGCUGCCGAAAGUCGCUUCGGGCAAAGUUCGCGAUCUCUUCGCUGUGGACGAGGAGACGCUCCUCUUCAUCGCGAGCGACAGAAUAUCCGCAUACGAUGUGGUCAUGGAAAACGGUAUCCCAGGAAAGGGCGCACUACUUACACAAAUGAGUGUCUACUGGUUUCAAUACCUCAAGGACCACAUUCCGACGCUCCAGACACAUUUCAUCUCUCGUUCUCUGCCAAAAGCUCUUGAGUCGCUCGACCGGCCACUUUACGAGGCACUUGGACCCCGAAGCAUGCAAGUCAGGCGCCUGGAAAUUGUCCCAAUUGAGUCGAUAGUGCGCGGCUACAUCACUGGCUCUGCAUGGUCCGAGUACAAGAAGUCUGGCACCGUUCACGGCAUCACUCUCCCAAGCGGUCUCGUUGAGGGACAGAAGCUGCCUACCCCAUUGUGGACACCAAGCACGAAGGCAGAAGCCGGCGCAAAAGAUGAAAACAUCAGUCCACAAAGAGCGAGGGCCCUUAUCGGCGACGAAAAGGUUGCAGCAGACGUGGAGAGGCUGAGUCUUGAAAUCUAUCUGGUCGCAGCCGCUCGAGCUGAAGAGACUGGGAUCGUCCUUGCCGACACGAAGUUUGAAUUCGGCUUGGACAGGGCUAAUGGAAAUGCGGUUGUGCUAGUGGAUGAAGUCUUGACUUCGGAUAGCAGCAGGUUCUGGCCAAAGGAUACCUGGGAGGCGCAUCUCGGGAAGGCACAACCCAGUUUCGACAAGCAAUUCCUGCGUGACUGGCUGACUUCGAAUGGACUUAAGGGCAAGGAGGGGGUUAAGGUUCCGGACGACAUUGUCGAGCAGACGGCACAAAAGUACAAGGAGGCUUGCGAUAUGUUGACGGGUAAGAACGCAUAG